AUGGGACUGCUUGAACUUGGUGCUUGGAUUUUGGAGCAGGCAGAGAGACUAUCAGGCAACGAUGAAGUGUCCAAUGUGGUUUUGGUUUUUUCUGUUAGAACAGCGGCUACACAUACUCCACAAUUUUUGGGUAUGCCACAAGGAGCAUGGUCUCAAAAUGGUGGUUUUGAUAUUGCUGGAGAAGGAGUUGUUAUUGGGUUUGUUGACAUUGGAAUAGAUCCAUCACACCCUAGUAUCGGCGACAAUAAAUCUCAACAUCCAUAUCCUGUUCCUGCUCAUUUUUCUGGUAUCUGCGAGGUUACUCGAGAUUUUCCAUCUGGCUCUUGCAAUAGAAAACUUGUUGGGGCCCGUCAUUUUACAGCAUCUGCUAUAACAAGAGGAAAUACUCCCAAAUAUGGUCUGAUAUUCCACUCUUCUUUUAUUGGUCGAGCAUCUGCCAAAAACAAGGGCCGCAUGGCUCGCUAUCUUGCAAACAAAUGCUCUAUUGCAUCUAGGAUUGACUGCUUUUCUGAAAAGGGUACUUCAGCAUUUAGUGAGAAACUCCGUGAGCAAGUUGAGGAGCGACUUGACUUCUGA